UAUGUUGAAUAUUUUAUUUUGGUUUGUCAUUUUUAUAAUUAUUUUGACAUAAACUAUUUAAAGUAUAUUUGUAUACUUGUUUAAAAAUGAUAUUGGUAUUUUUAUUUGAUUUAAAAUUAAUUUUAUAUUAAUUUUUGGUGUCAAAUAAAAUACACUUUGAACAUUUAAGUGGAGAAGAAUUUCAAGAAUCCUUCUCACUUUUUCAAAUCAAUUGUUCGGCCAUGAUAUCUUUUAAAGGAACAAAAAAUUUCCUUGACUGAUAAUUGAGUGGAGCUAACUAUUUUGUCAUUUUGUUAAUGACAAAGUCAAAUUCAUAAUCACUUUGGAUUUUUUUUUCUUUGUAUUGCUUGCACGGCACUUUAGAAAAAAUUGAUAUAUGAGAAGAUUAUCAUCUUUGCAUAUGAGUGUGGUUUUCGGCCAUAAUUUUUCUAGAGAGAGAAAUAUUAGUUUGGUUCCAUUAAUAUCAUUUUGUGUAUAGAAAAUAUCUAUAAUAUUUUCUAAAUAUUAUUAGAAAUAUUUUCUAUAAGAAAUAUACAAGAUUAUUAUUAUCCCAAUUUUAAUCUUUAUAUUUUAUACUACUAUAAUCUUUACUAGCAUAAAGAUUGUGGUAGACUCCGGCGUUGUUCGUGUGUCAAAGUUAGAGACCGGACGCUUGAACGGUUACGUUUGCACUUUCAACGCUCUUCCUACGACUUCUUCUUGUUUACCGCUUACGGAGAAAGGAAGGGUGGUAUGCGAGUUGGAUCCCAAAUUUGGAUACCCAAGGUUUAAUCCAAUUUGCCCUCUCCCCCUGCUAGGCACGGAUUCAGCCACAUCUUCCACAUACUUGUCUAUUACAUAUGACGCCACGCAUGCUCUCUCUCCCCACUCCAUAGCACAUUCAACGGAGAACCUUUUGCAUCCAAAAGGCCAGCCUUCUGUACUCAAACUCGUUGGAAUUCCGUGAAGAACAAGGAUACGAUCAUAGAUGGCAUCACGAUUGAUCCAUUCUUCUGCCUCUAGAUUUCUUCUCUCCAAGCCAUCGCAUAUGACUGGAUGGAGAAAUGCUUGCUAUUUUUCAAGCGAGUCCAACAAAAUAGAUGACCCUUUUAAAGUUGAGGAAGCUGAAACUGUAAAUUUGCCUCCUAGAGAGAAGAUACUUGUGCUGGGUGGAAAUGGAUUUGUUGGCUCACAUAUGUGCAAAGAAGCCUUGGAGCGUGGCCUAGUCGUUUCUAGCCUUAACAGAACAGGCAGGCCAUCCAUACAAGAGCCAUGGGUAAACAAUGUGUCUUGGCACCAAGGAAACCUUCUCUCAAAUGAUUCCUGGAAAGAAGCACUAAAUGGAGUAGAUUCUGUUAUAUCGUGUGUAGGCGGCUUUGGCUCUAAUUCACACAUGUAUAAGAUCAAUGGAACAGCCAACAUAAAUGCUAUAAGAGCUGCUGCUGAAGAAGGAGUAAAAAGAUUUGUAUACAUUUCGGCUGCUGAUUUUGGCUUUGUGAAUUACCUACUACAAGGUUAUUAUGAGGGAAAGAGAGCUGCCGAAACUGAACUUUUGACCCGAUAUACCUAUGGAGGUGUGAUUUUGAGACCUGGAUUCAUCUAUGGAACUCGUCGUGUCGGGAGCAUGAAAUUGCCCCUUGGUGUAGUUGGUUCUCCUCUUGAAAUGGUUCUCCAACAUGCAAAAUCAUUGAACCAACUUCCUCUUGUGGGCCCUUUGCUCACUCCUCCCGUUAACGUCACUGCGGUGGCAAAAGUAGCCGUCAGAGCAGCUACCGAUACGGUCUUCCCUCCUGGAAUUGUCGAUGUCUAUGGCAUUCUACGUUACAGUCAACAGAAGUCUGUAUAGAAGGAGCUCUUCAUUAAGAGCAAUAAUGGUAACAGUUACCCUCCCACCCUUUUUUUCUUUUUCCAUGUCCCCCCUAGCAGCACAUGCAAUGUUAAUAAGUUGAUUUUUUUUUACUACUACCAGUAUUAUAAGGGGUAACUUUUUAUGGACAUGCAAAGUUAAUGAGUUGAUUUUUUACUACUACCAGAAUAUUGUUCUAUCUAUGUUAUGGUUUUUACUUGAUGGAUAAAAACACUUUUAUAGUACUAAAAUCACACAUGUUAUUAAUGGCCAGUACAUUGCACAAUUCAGGAAGGGGGACAUUGUUGAACCGGGUAAGUGGGAUGUUGCCCUAGUUUGUUGCAUGUUGGGAGCUAAUCCUUCAGUUCAAGUUAAAGGCUUUUUUUUCUCGCGAAUAUGGAAAAGAUGUG